UCUUUUUCCGGGACAAGAUGGCGCCGUCCACGCCGCUCCUGACAGUCCGAGGAUCAGAAGGACUGUACAUGGUAAAUGGACCACCACAUUUUACAGAAAGCACUUUGUUUUCAAGGGAAUCUGGGAAAAAUUGCAAAGUCUAUACCUUUAGUAAGGAUGGCACCUUGUUUGCCUGGGGCAACGGAGAAAAAAUAAAUGUUAUCAAUGUCACUAACAAGGGAUUGCUGCACUCCUUCGACCUCCCAAAGGCAGUUUGCCUUGAGUUUUCACCAAAAAACACUGUCCUGGCAACGUGGCAGCCUUAUACUACUUCUAAAGAUGGCACAGCUGGAAUACCCAACCUACAACUUUAUGAUGUGAAAACUGGUACAUGUUUGAAAUCUUUCAUCCAGAAAAAAAUGCAAAAUUGGUGUCCAUCUUGGUCAGAAGAUGAAACUAUCUGUGCCCGAAAUGUUAACAACGAAGUUCACUUCUUUGAAAACAACAAUUUUAACACAAUUGCAAAUAAAUUGCAUUUGCAAAAAAUUAAUGAUUUUGUGUUAUCACCUGGACCCCAACCAUACAAGGUGGCUGUCUAUGUUCCAGGAAGUAAGGGUGCACCUUCAUUUGUUAGAUUGUAUCAGUACCCCAAUUUUGAUGGACCUCAUGCAGCUUUAGCUAAUAAAAGUUUUUUUAAAGCUGAUAAGGUUACAAUGCUAUGGAAUAAAAAAGCUACUGCUGUGUUAGUAAUAGCUAGCACAGACGUCGACAAGACAGGAGCAUCCUACUAUGGAGAACAAACACUGCACUACAUUGCAGCAAAUGGAGAAAGUGCUGUUGUGCAAUUGCGUGAGUAUCCCAGUCAUCUUCUUCAAAAAAAUGGUCCCAUUUAUGAUGUCGUUUGGAAUUCUAGUUCUACUGAGUUUUGUGCUGUUUAUGGUUUUAUGCCUGCCAAAGCGACGAUUUUCAACUUGAAAUGUGAUCCCGUGUUUGACUUUGGAACUGGUCCUCGUAAUGCAGCCUACUAUAGCCCACAUGGACAUAUAUUAGUACUAGCUGGAUUUGGAAAUCUGAGGGGACAAAUGGAAGUGUGGGAUGUUAAAAACUACAAACUUAUUUCUAAACCAGUGGCCUCUGAUUCUACCUAUUUUGCUUGGUGCCCUGACGGUGAGCAUAUUUUAACAGCCACGUGUGCUCCCAGGUUACGUGUUAAUAAUGGGUACAAGAUUUGGCAUUAUACUGGCUCUGUCUUACACAAGUAUGAUGUGCCGUCAAAUGGAGAAUUAUGGCAGGUUUCUUGGCAGCCAUUUUUAGAUGGAAUAUUUCCAGUAAAAACAAUAACUUACCAAGCGGUUCCAAGUGAUGUACCCAGUGAAGAACCUAAAGUUGCAACAGCUUAUAGACCCCCAGCUUUAAGAAAUAAGCCAAUCACCAAUUCCAAACUGCAUGAGGAGGAACCACCUCAGAAUAUGAAACCACAAGCAGGAAAUGAUAAGCCAUUAUCAAAAACAGCCCUUAAAAAUCAAAGGAAGCAUGAGGCUAAGAAAGCUGCAAAACAGGAAGCAAGAAAUGAGAAGAGUCCAGAUUUGGCACCUACUCCUGCCCCACAGAGCACACCACGAAAUACUAUCUCGCGGUCAACCUCUGGAGACCCUGAAAUAGACAAAAAAAUCAAGAACCUAAAGAAGAAACUGAAAGCAAUCGAACAACUGAAAGAACAAGCAGCAGCUGGAAAACAGCUCGAAAAAAAUCAGUUGGAGAAAAUUCAAAAAGAGAAAGCCCUUCUCCAGGAGCUGGAAGAUUUGGAAUUGGGUAUUUAAAGAUUCACAGAGAGCAAGUUGUUACCAGAAAUCAGUGCAAACACAUUUUCUGUUAAACCCAUUGGUGGACAUGAAAUAUCCAUGUGCCCACAUUUAAUUUUCAUCUAUAAUUUUAACCAUUUAUCCAAGAUUCUGCAUAUGUGUGAAGUUACUUAAUAAUGUCUGUUAAAUUGAUUUUUACAUCCUGCAUCCUAUACCAUGUCAACACAUGAUAAAGAAAAGAAACACAUGAACUUUUUUUUUAGUAAGUUUGACAGAUUGAAAGACAGUGUCAUUGGUUUUUUUAUUAGGAGACAGUAUUUACCAUACAUGUGAAUAAAAACAUUUAAAUUUAA